AUGUCUACAGUGUUUCCAUUGUCUAUUAACUAUGUGAGCCCGGACAUAAACAAACAAUUAUUGGAAGAUUUUACUGGGGAAAGAACUGGUUUUGUGCAAGUAGGUGAUGACCAGUGGUUUUUCCCAAGCAAGUAUGCAUCUGAAGGAGUUAAUUUCUACAAUUUCAGUGUACGGAAAGAUGACACUUGGGUGGUAACAUUUCCUAGAUCAGGAACAACAUGGACACAAGAAUUAGUCUGGUUGAUAGCAAAUGAUCUUGACUAUGAUACAGCUACCAAAAUUCCUCUGGUCGACAGAUUUCCUUUCCUUGAAUUUAGCGUAUUUGUGCAUGAUGAAGUAAAGAAGGAGCUUCUUAAUCAGUCUGAAGGUAAUCCAGAAAAACAGGCCCUAAUAGAAAAACUCAGUAAGCCGGGAUAUGAAGUCCUUAGUGAAAUGCCAUCACCUCGCUUCAUCAAAACACAUUUUCCAUUUAGUCUCUUGCCACAAAAUCUUUUAGAAGAAGGAUGCAAGGUGAUCUAUGUUGCAAGAAAUCCAAAAGAUGUUGCUGUAUCCUUUUACCAUCUAAACAGACUCUUCCGUACACAAGGAUAUCGAGGGGAUUUUAAAAAGUACUGGGACUACUUUGAAAAAAAUCUCCAUCCAUGGACACCUUAUUGGACACAUGUCACUGAAGGAUGGAAGAGAAGGGAACACCCGAAUUUGCUGUUUUUGUUUUAUGAGGAAAUGAAUAAGGAUAUUUCAGAAACUGUUGAAAGAGUGGCAGGCUUCCUUGGGAAAUCUCUAACUGAUGAACAGAUAUCAGAGCUCACAUCAUAUUUACAUAUAAAUAAUUUCCGUAAAAACACAGCAGUCAACAUGGAUCAGCUGAAAGACAUUGGACUGCUGCAGAAUGGAGAGCAGGAUUUUAUAAGGAAAGGUCAAAAUGGUUCAUGGAUUGAUGAGUUCACACCUGAGUUGGAUAAAAGGGCAAAUGAAUGGAUAAAAGAAAAUUUGAAACACACUGACCUCAGAUUUCCUGUAAAACUUGUAGAAGAAUAA